AUGGAAAAUUUAGAUGGAAAUGUUGACAUUGAAACAACAUCGUCAGAGGAAUAUGUUCCUAAUAUUUGCGAACAUUGUGACAGUGAUGGAAAGCGUGCUGAAGCUGAUGGGUUUUGUGUUGAGUGCAGUGAAUAUUUGUGUAACUGCUGUAUGUCGUGCCAUGCUAAGUAUAAGCCUGAACAUUCAACUAAAAGUAGGGAUGAAAUGCCCAUAUAUGUACGUUUUGAAAAAUGUUUGAAGCAUGAUAUGAAACAAAUGAAGUAUUAUUGCAUAGAAUGUAAUAACAUCGCAUGCACAAAAUGUAUAACAAAUGAAGGUUGUUAUCACGAAGACGGAUGUCAAAGUAAAAAAUGGACAUCGCUUUACAAAGUUGCUUUGGAAUACAAGGUAUCGAAAACACAAGUUGACACAAAAAUUGCUGAAGCAACUGAUAAACUGGCAAACAUUGAAGACACAAUCGAUAAACUAACGACAAAAAGGAAAGAUAAAAUUCGAGAAUCUAUAAAACAACACAGACAAAACAUAGAAAGUAAGAUCAAAGAGGUUGAAAGUCAUUUCCUAAAGAAAUGUGAUGAGAUUGAAAACACGUUUAAACCGUCGAUAAAUUCUCUGUCGUGCAACGUUCAGUCUAUGAAAACUAUGUUACGUUCCGUGGUGUCUCAAUCGGACAACUGCUGCUCAAACUUCAUUGCCGUCCAAAACAUAGACCAAAGUAUUACUCCCGUCGAGAAGGGUCUUGAAUGCUUAAAGAAGCAAACUGAGAUUAUGACAUACGAAUUCAAAGCAAACCAAAGCCGCAUAGUUGACAAAUCCGACUUUGGAAACAUAUUGUUCUCAGAAACUUUCCUGACAAAAACAGCUUGUUAUAAGUACGAUAUUGAUCUUCAUGUGUACUAUAGCAGGAUUUACCCUACAAAUAUGGAUGAUGUAUUGAUCAAAGAUGAUUUACUUGUUGUUGUUACAUACAUGUGUAGUGCCAUUGUGUUGGUUGACCCCAUCAAGCAAAAUGUUUUAUCAAAAUUAUUUAUGUCAUCAAGUCCAAAGAGUGCAAUAUCCAUAAAUGGGACUGGAAUAGCAGUAGCUCUACCACUUGAUGGCAAAAUCAAACUGUUUGACAUUAUUAACUCAGAAUUUGUCGAUAGAAAAAAAGACAUUGAAGUUGGAAAGGAUUGCUGCAGUCUGGCAUACAGCAAAAGUCAAUGUUAUUUGUAUGUGUCAUAUAAAGAACCUACAAGCAAAAUUACAAUACUAAAUGAAACUGGUAAAGUAGUUCGCUUAUUGGAUAAAGACUGUUUGGGAAAUAAGUUGUUUAUGAGUCCACGAUAUAUAAUUCUGAGCUUAGACGAAGAAUCGCUCUAUGUUUCUGACGCACAAAGAAAUGUCGUGAUCAAAAUACAUUCUGAUGGUAGAAUUGGAGCUGUGUUUAAGGACGAGGAACUAAAUCGUCCCAGAGGAUUAGCGAUUGAUGAACAUGGAACGAUUUUUGUUGCUGGCAUGUAUUCAAACAAUAUUUUUCAAUUAACCUCGAACUUAACAAAAAUCGGAAUACUCCUUGGAUCAAAAGAUGUAUAUGGGCCUUUGAGUAUCGCAAUUGAUAAGCAUACAGAGAAAGGAUGUUUAUACGUGGGUAUGAGAAAAAAUACUAAAAUCAAAACAUUCGAAAUCAAAUGCAUACAAGAAACUAUCCUUUUAUAA